UCUGGGAGAACGUUUUGACAAAUAUUUGUCGACUCCAACAAUGAAACUCACGCCUCUUGAGCUGCCUUUUUGAAGUGUAGAUAUGAAACAGUUACUGUACCUACACACGGCUCUUCGUCAUUUCGUCUUCAAAGUGCCAGCUAGUGCUGCUCACCAUGGACCUAAAGCUUCCUGACACUGGCUUAACGUGGGGUCUUGCUUGGUUUGGUGUUGUAGUGAAUUUGUCCGUUUCCGUCGCAACCGGAUAUCAAGUGAGCUCAAUCAAUGCGCCAGCAAAGCUCAUCCAGGCCUGGCUUUGUACCGUUUUCAUCGAUCGGUAUUCAGUGCGACUUACAGAGAAUGCGCUACAGAUCCUUUGGUCCGUAGUAGUGUCUACCGUUUUGCUUGGUGGAAUUGUAACGUCCCAUUUCAGCGCCAUCAUAUCCACCACAUAUGGCAGGAAAAAAUCAUUCCUUUGCUGUGCGAUACUGCUCACGGCCGGUGCAUUAUGCUUUCUGUGCUGUCGUGCAGCUUCAUCGGUGGAGCUGUUGCUGCUGGGAAGACUUCUCGUCGGACUGGCAUCCGGAUUGACCACCGGUGUGAUUCCGAUGUACCUAGCGGAGGUAUCACCGAUCAAGCUACGCGGUGCGAUGGGUGUGUUGUGUCCGCUGGGACUAACGGCAGGCGUAGUCGUCGGACAGGUGGCAAGUCUUGAGCAAGUGCUCGGAACCGAAGCACAUUGGCACUACGCACUCGGGUGUUACGCGGUGCUGAACGUAUUCUGUUACGCGUUCUACUUUUGGAUCCCCGAGAGUCCCAAGUAUUUGUACAGCGUGAAGGGCGACCAGGCAGGAUCGUUGCGCGCUAUAAGAAAACUGUUCGGGCGUCAUUCAAUCGGCGACGAUUACAUCAAACUGCAGAUGGAGUGUGCUACUGGGCAAAGCGGUACCUCCACCAAUGGCCAAUCGAUUGACGAUGGACAACCACCGGCGGCCCGAACGUUGUGGUCUGUUUUGAGCGAUCCAACCCUGACGCUACCACUAGUGCUUGUCUGUGCGCUUCAAGGAGGACAGCAGCUGUCAGGAAUCAAUGCCGUCUUUUUCUAUUCGGUGUCAAUUUUUGAAUCGGUUGGGCUAAGCUCGAAUGCGGCGAAAUUUGCCAACCUCGGAGUCGGGUGCUUAAAUCUGUUUGUGUCCUUGUUUGCCCCGCUAUUGAUGGCACGGUGCAAUAGACGCGCCCUCUGUCUGCUGUCCUGUUCCUGCUGCGCUGGCAUUCUCUUCAUGCUUACCCUAUCGAUUCAUUUCAAAGAUGUGGUCGACUGGUUUUCUUACCUAUGUGUCGGCUCGAUCUUGCUCUACAUUAUUUUCUACCAAAUCGGGCUGGGGCCUAUUCCUUUCUUCAUCGGAUCGGAGCUUUUCGAUCUAGGACCUCGGCCGACGGCUAUGGCGAUGGGCAGUCUUUCCUCGUGGGGCUGUAACUUCAUUGUGGGUAUGGCAUUUCCAACCCUUCAAAGUGUAUGGGGCGCGUUCGUGUUUCUGCCCUGUUCCAUAACCUGUGUGUUACUAACGAUUUUAGUUAAAUACUACUUGCCCGAGACCAGAGGCCAAGAGGUAACGGAGGUGGCGCAAAAGGUGGCACAAGGGUUUCGUUCUAAGGUAAUGGAUUAAAGUACGCGCGCUCAUGCCAUUUCUAGUUUGGGUUUCUUUUGAGCUAUAACCAAUAUUGGAGCGUAUAAACACACAGGAGAGAAUAGUUUAACAAUGUUUUAUAUAUUUAUCGAAACUAACUAGCGCUUGAUUCGUUUACAAUAACUACUGAGUGUGUUUUAACAUGGAAAUAACAACAUUCGUACUAGCUGAGCUGCGCAACCAGCUAAACUCAUUUAGCCUCAUAAUAUUUCCUGCGCAUCGUCUUCAGCUCGUCGAAAAAUAGUAACACCAACGUUGCGUGCGGACCGAUCCGCAUAUAGUGUGGCCAAAAUCCUUUAUACAGCCCGGCCACUCCUUCCGCCUUCAGGAUUUUAAUAAAACAAUCCACUACCCCGUUGUAGUAAAUGCCCCUA